AUGAAGGUGAAGGCUGAUCGUGACGAGUCGAGCCCCUACGCUGCUAUGUUGGCUGCUCAGGACGUCGCUGUCCGUUGCAAGGAGCUUGGCAUCACUGCCAUCCACAUCAAGCUCCGCGCCACUGGUGGUAACCGGACCAAGACCCCCGGUCCCGGUGCCCAGUCUGCUCUCCGCGCUCUUGCCCGCGCUGGCCUCAAGAUCGGCCGUAUUGGACGUUACCCCCAUCCCUACUGA